GCCGCCGCCGCCGCCAGCAGCCUCUCAGACUGUGGGCACAUUUGCUGAUCUGGGAACCCUGGACUUCAGUCUGACAUUGUAACAUUGGGACUCAAUUACAGCUCCUGCUCGUCAGCGUCAUUUCCUUGAGUUCUGAGGUGGACCUUCUGCAGCUGGUUAUUCCAGAGCUGAGUUGGAGCUGGUGACCACAGGCUCAAGAAGCGAACAAGGCAGUCUGAGCCUCUGCUGUGACUGCCUCUCUCCCCCAGGCUCCUGGAGGUGCAGAAUGACUCUCUUCGAUGGCGUCUACCCCUUCUACCUGCAGCAGAGGAAGCACUUUGUGUUCGAUGUCAGCACCAUCAUAGUGAUUAUUGUCUUCCUGACGUUCGCUUCCAGCUUCCUGCUCAUCAUCCCAGGCAUCCGUGGACGGGCGAGGCUAUACUGGAUGCUCCGAGUUCUCCUCAGCCUGGUGGUGGGAGUGGUGAUUGUUGCUGUCCAGUUCACAGGGGACUGGGAGAGCGGAUGGGUGACAGCAAACACCUCCUACAAGUCCUUCAGCAGUGCCAUGGUGAAGGCGGACAUUGGGCUGCACGUUGGCCUGGCGGGGGUGAACAUCACGCUGCUGGGAAACCCGGUGAAUCAGAUCAAUGAGACCAUCAACUACAACGAGCACUUUGCCUGGAGCUUCGAUGCAGACUAUGACCACAGCUACAGUGAAGGCCUGGAGAAGGGGCUGCCCAGCCCCAUCCUCUACGUGGCGGAGAAGUUCACCACAGAAAGCCCCUGCAACAUGCACAGGCAGUACCGCAUCUCCGGCCACUACACGUCGGCCACUCUCUGGGUGGCCUUUUGCACAUGGCUCAUCUCCAACAUGCUCUUCUCCAUGCCUGUCCUAGUCUAUGGAGGCUACAUGGUCCUGAUCACAGGGGCUUUCAUGAUAUUUUCAUUGCUUUCCUUCUCCACUGUGAGGAACUCCCUGAUGUGCCCGAUCCAAUUUGGGACUGCAUCCCUGCUCACAGUCUAUGGGGGAUCUUUCUGGCUCACGCUAGUGAUUGGCUUGCUCUGUUUUGUGGCUGGGAUCACUAUUGUUGCGCUGCACUACUUCAACUCAGACCUACUGAAAACUUUCUUUGACCUCCAUGAGGUCAGAGCAGAGGACUGCCAAGAGAUGACUGAAGUGUACAUCAACCCUCAGUUCAUAAGCAAUGCACAAUCUCCACCUCAGCCCUCCAGAAUUAGCCUCAGUGGCAUGUAGAAGAAAGCUUUUCCCAUUCCUUCCCUGAAGUCAGGCCCAAGAGGGAAGAGCACAAACCCUUCUUGGUGUCUCCCAACACCCAUCUCCCUGUCCAUCUGCCUUUAAAAAGUGCAUGAGUCCAUGAUGGGAGGGGGACUUGCUCAGAAGUACCUUUGCAGAUUCUCUUUCCCUGAUUGUCCUGUCUGGGAAAAGGGCAGGCUUUGCAACAAGCCAGCAGGCUGCAAUCUGAGUAGCUCAGAUCCCCAGCAAGUUGAGGCAUAUGCUCACCUGGGAAUUUCUCCUAAGGAAAAGUGCCCAUUCCUACCACAGUUUGGUGCAGGGAGUCUCUGGUGGCCAGUUCCCAUACCAGAAAUUGAAUUCUCUGGUGAGAUUUCUUAUGGGGAGCACCUGUGACUCCAAAAGCCAGUGAUCAGAUCUGUUCAGUUUUUCCUUCCCAGCACUGAUGUAGACUGUGUAGAACUUUAAACGUACCUAGGAAGGCCAGGCACAGAACCAGACUCCCCCAGGCUGGAUGCUGCAUGAGCUAGAGUAAAAAAGCUGCUCCAAAAAUAAAGACUGAGUAAACAUACCAUGGAGCUUGCCAGGGGGAAUGUGGUGAUGUAAUUGUUUUCACUUUCAAACUUGGGCUUUAUUAGAUAAGAACUGUAGCCUAACAUGGCCCAAAAAGAUGCCACAGGGGAGGGAAGAAUGAAAUGACCCCCGUCCAGCUGAAGCACACUUGUACUGGCCAGGCUUACCACGAAAUGCAACCCUGAGUCAGACCCAGCCUGCUUGUAGCCAAGGUGAGAAAUGAAGUGCAUCAAGUUGCAUAAUUAUGAAUGAAAGAUGGGCUCUGGAACCAAAUCCACCAGCCUCACAAGGUGUCCACUGGCAUGUGCAAAGUGAUAGUCAUAUCUGGAUGACACCUGAAGAGCUUUAGCCCAGUUAAUUGUAAAGGAGACAAUUUCAGUAUUUUGACUCUUUUUUUCCUGAGAAAAGAUUCUUGCUGUUAAGUUAGACUACUUAUUCCUUUGACAUGAUGGUUUUGUUGUUUAGUGUGAUUUGUUACUGGCAAGAAUUAUUAUUUUUAAUAAUUUUUUUAUUUAAAAGUA